UUGGGGCUUGCAAACCACAGCCCUCGGGAGCCUUUGAUCAGAGGAGAAUCUGGGAGAGACCUGAAGAUGGAUGCCACGGUUCUCAGCACCCCUGAUUACUCUGAUUAUGACAAUUGGACCUCGAACCCCAACACCAUGGUGGAUGCCUCUUCCCACACCCACAGGCUUAAUGCCCCAGAUGUGAUCGCCCUGGUGAUCUUCGCGGCCGUCUUCCUGAUCGGGGUGCCCGGCAAUGCCAUGGUGAUUUGGGUGACAGGGUCUGAGAUCAAGCGGACUGUCAAUGCCAUCUGGUUUCUCAACCUAGCGGUGGCCGACUUCCUCUCCUGCCUGGCGCUGCCCAUCUUGUUUACAUCCAUCAUCCAGCACAACCACUGGUCCUUCAGUGACGCCGCCUGUCGAAUCCUGCCCUCUCUCAUCCUUCUCAACAUGUACGCCAGCAUCUUACUCCUGGCCACCAUCAGCGCCGACCGCUUCCUGCUGGUGUUCAAUCCCGUCUGGUGCCAGAACUACCGCGGGGCCCACCUGGCCUGGGUGGCCUGCGCCGUGGCCUGGAGCUUGGCUCUGCUGCUGACCAUACCUUCUUUUGUGUUCCGUCAGGUCCACGUAGAGCACUUCCCGCCCAAGACGACAUGUGUUGUUGAAUACGGUAGGGACAAUGUGUACGCGGAGAAGGCCGUGGCCGUCGUCCGGCUGGCCGUGGGCUUCCUGGGGCCGCUGGUCACGCUUGCCAUCUGUUACACCUUCCUCCUGAUUCGGGCGUGGAGCCGCACUGCCACGCGCUCCGCCAAGACGCUCAAGGUGGUGGUGGCCGUGGUGACCAGCUUCUUUGUCUUCUGGCUGCCCUACCAGGUGACGGGGAUGAUGCUGGCCUUUUUCCAGGCACACUGGGACAGCUUCAAACUCGUGUCCAGUCUAGAUGCCCUGUGCGUCUCCCUAGCUUAUAUCAACUGCUGCAUUAACCCCAUCAUUUAUGUGUUCGCCGCCCAGGGCUUUCACGCCCGGUUCCUGAAGACCCUCCCCGCCAGGAUCCGGGGCGUGUUGACUGAAGAGUCCGUGCGCCGGGAGAGCAAGUCCCAGACGCUCUCCACGGUGGAUACCCCGGCCCUGAAGAGCCAGGCGGUGUAAGGGGGGGCCUCUCUGACCGCCAGCUUUCCAAGCCUCCGCCAAACUUCUGGUCCAUUCACUUUGCUUUUUGGAACUCAGCCCGGGACAAGGUGGGUGGUGUUGGUUGAAUGAAUUUGCCACCUUUUCCUUCCAUCUUUCCUGGACUCAUCCUGCUUCUUCUCGGCGAACCCAUCUUAUCGUUCUUCAUUUUCCAAGGUUGAUAAGUUCUUCUAGGAACCCCCCCCCCNUA